AAAAAAUACAAGCAUAUGAAAAUCGUAGUAGUUACAUUGGGUGUUGGAUUGCUAAUUGAAAUGCGAUACUUUGAGCGUUGCGCUUCUCAGUAGCAGGAAGUCUAGCAGAAAGAAAAUGGGUGGUAGUAUGACAAAAAUAUUACCUGGUUUGUAUGUUGGAGGUUUCGAUAAUGCCAAAAGUGAAGAAGAAUUAAUGGCAAAUUGCAUAUCUCAUAUUAUUAUUGUUCAAAACUCGAAAAACGAUAUUGAAAGAUCAAUAAGUCGUCAAUAUUUACAUCUUAUUGUCAAUGAAAAAUUAGAGAAUAGUUUGCUAAAUCAAAUUCAAUUGUCCAAUGAUUUUAUUCAUCGGGCCCGAUUGGAUAGUGGAAAUGUACUAGUGUGCAGUGAUUCAGGUCUAUCAGCUAAUGUAGCUGUUGUUACAGCUUAUUUAAUGACUGUUUAUUCAUUAGAUUAUUAUUCAGCUAUUGGAGCUUUAAGAAGUUUACGAUAUGGUGCACAUCCAGUUGAACCUUUACAAAAACAAUUAAUUGAAUUUGAUAGUGAAACUAAUGAAAAAUUAGUUAAUAAACAAAAUCAAACAAAUAACACUCAUCGAGAACAACAACAACAACAGACUGAAUUAUUAGAUUCUUUUAAACAUCCAUUGAAUUCCAUAAUGUAUUUAACUAUCACAUCAGCAUCAGAACGUGAACGAUUGAAUUCAAUUUACGGUGAAUGGCCAUAUCUUGAAGAAGAUUUACAAAUUCUUCAUACUGCUUUAAAUUCUCACUUGAAUUCAACUGAAGAGUCAGAAUUUCUAUUUAAUAAUGAAUAUGAUAAAACUAUACAAAAUGACAAAGAAUAUGAUGUUGAUAUUGAUAAUAAUGAAAAUAAUCCAACUAAUACUCGUACUACUGUAGUAGUAGCUACUGUUAAAGAUAAUCAUAUUAAUCCUAGUAUACAUGGUAUCAGUGAUACUUCUUCAAUUCUCAGUGUUAUUGAACACACUAAGGAUCAUGGUAGCCUAACUGAUUCCGAGUCAAUACAAUCUAAUUCAAAAUAUUUGGAUAUACAACAAGAUAAUACAAUAUUGAGUAAUAAUGAUAAUAAUAAUAAUACUGAUGACGAUAACGAUGGUUGUGGUAGUGUCGGUGUUUGUGGAAAUGAUCUAGAUAGCAUACCCUUUGUAACUGUUCCGAUAAAUGGUGUCCUUAUAUCAGACAGUGUAAUUGAAAAGAGUUCUUCCAAACCAUCUUCAAAUGAAUCUGACGUAUUCAUAGUCGAUUCAACACAGGUCAAGUCGUUUUUGACAGACAAAUUUCUGUUUAUUAUAUUAUUACACGUAUUUUUACUGAAAUAGUUUUUAACCUGGACUAAGGUUAGUUUUCUACACAAUAUCUAGGUAAUAAUGUCUACUUUAACGUUGGAAUUUCGCGAACUGUAUUCAUUCCGAAGUUACUAUUACACCAAGUAUUUUAAAAAUAGGGUAGCGCUUAACAGGUAUGUUGUUUUAGUAUGAGAUCGUUUUAGUCAAUUGGUUCUUUGACCUCGUCAAAAAUCAGGUCUAUGAACUUGGGGCUUCGUGAGGAACACCUUUAACUUAUCGUAUCAUAUAUAUUUUUUCACAGUUGAAAUCACGAACUGAUUUUAGCUAGUCCAUCAUUGAUAACCUUGAAGUAUUAGACGGACACUUUGUCCUAAUACGGGACUACUAAGCAGUUUGCAUCCACAAUAUCGCACAUGGCACUCUAACCCUUGACCUUCAGCCUCGCGCGCAAACUCAACCUCCAGAUCACUAUGGGUUGCUUAAUAUCAUGGAUUGAUUGAAUUUAGACAUUAACAUCGCUGGAUCCCGGCGCAGUGGUCUGGAGCCUGGGCAUUCGCUCUCGAGACCGAAGGUCAAGGGUCAGAGUGUCACGUGCGGGAUUGUUGAUGCACACUGCCCAGUAGUUCCAUAAGACGAAAUAUCUGUCUGGUACUUCCAGGUUUUCAAUGGUGGCUUAUCUAAGAUCAGUCCGUGAGUUCAACUGUGAAAAUACUACAAUCUCCACAAAUACUCCAUAUAUAUAUAUAUAUAUAUAUAUAUAUAUAUAUAUAUAUAUAUAUAUCAAAUACUUCACAUUUCCAACUGACAACAAAGAUUUCUUUAGGUUCUGUAUUCUAUCCAAAUUCGAUAGCGGUGACAUCUAAUUUGAAGUUGAUAAUACAGUUAAUAUAUUCCAUCAAUACAUCGAAAUUCUCAUAUUAACUCGUUAUAUACUAAAUGAAUUGAAUAAUUCCUGCCAUCAAAAUUUAUCUAUUUUGUAAGUAAGAGUAUUUUCGUAUGCUGUUUUAUACUUGGAACUGUUUGUAUUAUCAGUAAAAUUCAAUAGUCUUCACAACUUUAUGCUACUACUUAUAAGUAGUUUAGAUAGUUUCAGUAAAUAUUUAAAUGGACAUUUUUAAAAAUGACUGUUGUACGAGUACUUAGUUUAUUCUUUUUCAAAUAUCAUUUUUACAGUUACCUGAAAGUUUGGAUCGUCUUUCCAAUGCUAGUUCAUCAAUUCAAAGUGAAAAUUCACUUGAAAUUGGUUUUGAAGUGAAAGAUGAUCUUGACGACAAUAUACCUGGAGCUAUUGAAAUUCCAGCAGUUGAUUCUAUGCAUGUACGUAGUUAUGGUACAGCUCAUACAUACAAUAAUCAAUAUGGUCGAUCGAAUCCAUGUCAUAGUAUGUAUAAAACUGCUCAUAGUUUAUAUCCUACUACUACUAAUAUAAAUAAUAAAUUUACAUAUCAACAAAUAUGUCCAAAUACCACUAUAUGGAAUUCUUACAAUUAUGAUAGAACUGAAUUAAUGCAUACUACUGAAUUACAAAAUUACAGUAAUCUGUCAACUACUGCUCCAAAUUGUGACAUUUAUUUUAGAACUUGAUAUUAUUUAGUGAUUUGUUAUUGUCUUUGUUUACAAUUACCUUCAAUUUCGUUUAUUAUUAUUACUAUUAUUCUCUAAACAUGUUUAUCAUGUUUAUUUAUUUAGCUAAUUCCAAUUAUUAUUUUCUUUGCUAUACACAUCAUUUGAUGUAUAAGAAAGUUACAUUUUGUUGUAGAGCUUACAAACGAACUAGAUUUUUUAUUUUAUAAUUAAUCAAUGUGAAAGCAUCAAAAUAUCUACCAAAAAAAAAGAAAGAACAAAUAUUGUCGGGAUUUGAAUAUCAAGAAAAUGUUUUCACUUUUCUUUGUAAAUAUAUAUGUUGUUAUCUAUUUGAAUGAAACUGUGGUUAUCUUUA